AGUAGCAGCAGGAGAUAACAAUUACAAUGAUCCAUACUUUUGUUUGAAUUUUGAAGAAAUUUGAUGGUGCAUGCAGUAGCUGGGAUUGAUAAACCCUAGGAUUGUGAUUUAAUUAGAGCACUUGUGGAAGCACUCUCUGCAUCAUACACUAUUAUCCUAGUAUUUUCAAAGCUAUAUCUCCUCACUAUAUUUUCUAUUUCUUUUGGAGAAAUGGAAAAGCUGGCUGGCUUUUACUUGGUGGUACUGUCUUUUGCAUUACAGGAAUACGGGAAGCACAGAUGCCAAGUGGAAAUUGGCUGAUCACCCAAAGCUGCCAAAGGAAAAUUAAAGCCAGUUGCUGUGGUGGUUUUGGAUGGAUGGGGUGAGGGCAACGCUAAUCAAUACAACUGUAUCCACACUGCUGAAACUCCAACCAUGGAUUCCUUCAAAAAGGGUGUAUAUGUUUGCUUGAAGCCUCAUGGAAAAAGUGCUAGAGACGGCUUUCUGAUAUAUAUAUUUGAGUUCUGCUAACUGAACUUUGGAGUGAAAGUUUUAUAUAGUUCUGCUAACUGAAAGGAAAGAGCUUCUCAAGACCCAGUUGGUGGGAAAGUCCAGUGUUACCUCCAAUGUUGCAGCCUCUUUCAUUGAGACACUUGAAGCCAAUGAGCUUCUCAAGAAAACUGCCAUGGCCAAGGCUUCUAAGGCAUGUGCCUUUCUCAGGAGAUGUCCUUCACUAACACUGGGUUCCAUGUUGGAGGAGAUUGCUGCUAUUCUUCCUGGCCAUGAAUUUGCUUCUAUUUUGUUGUCAAACAUGGCUUAUGCAGAUGACGACGAAUCUCUUGUUGAAGCUGAGGUUUAAGGAACAAAUAGGAGAUGUUUUAGCUGCUCGCGCUGCAUAUAUUCAGCAGACUGGUAAAGAGUCAGAUUUUGAUUUUGUGCAGAAUGUUAUAUCAAGAGCCAAUAUGGAGAAACGUUUGGGAAAUAUGGAGUCAGCUUGUGGUAUAUACAAAGAAGCAAUAGAGAUGGUUGUAGCUGAAGAGAAUUUACAGCAUGCCCUCCCUAAUUUAUAUGUCCAUUUCUCUCACCUAAAAUAUAUGAUGUUUGUUUGGGAUGCUUGCAAGGAUCUGACCUUGAUUAUUUUAAUGGUAGUUGCUGCAGCUUCAUUAGUACUGGGGAUAAAAUCUGAGGGUAUUAAGGAAGGAUGGUAUGAUGGUGGAAGCAUUGCUUUUGCAGUUAUUCUUGUUAUUGUUGUUACAGCUACAAGUGAUUAUAAGCAGUCUCUUCAGUUUCGGGACCUAAAUGAGGAGAAGAGAAACAUUCGUUUGGAGGUAAUUAGAGGAGGUAGAAAAGUUGAGAUCUCAAUCUAGUAUGACUGGGGAGAGCAAUAUUGUUGAAAAGAAUUCUAAGAACCCUAUUCUGAUAUCUGGUUGUAAAGCUGCAGAUGGCAGUGGUGUUAUGUUCGUAAUGUUUUACUUUCUUUUGCCAUGUGUGUGUGUGUGUG